AUGGAAGGACUCACUCUGGCUUUCUUUUUGGCGCUUCUGGUGGGCUCGAUCUGUGUGGUUGGAGCAGAGAAUUUCCCAGGGAACCGUGAGGCUUUCUUCCACGGGAUUCGUAGGUUUCCCCCGCCAAGCGGAGGUCACAGGCACCCUGUUCGUCACUCCAACAGGUUCCCACUCUACAUGAUGCAGCUCUACCGGACUCUACUCGAGGGAGACACCGCCAGGAUGCCAACUGUUAGCGCCGCCCAGACCAACAACGAUGACAACCCCCGCCUUCACGACUCUGACUACGUACUCAGUCUGGUUGCCAAAAGUUGUCACCAGAUCGGUGGGAGGUGGUCUGUCACCUUUGACAUGUCCUCCAUCUCUGCAAGUGACAAGGUCCAGCGCUCCGAGCUGCGGAUCCGCCUGCCUGCAUUCUCUGCCUCUGAGCGUGUCACUGUGGACAUGUACCACUCCCAGACAUGCUCCAACUCCAGCCCGCCAUGCCCAAAGGAGGACCUCUUCCUGGGCCACCUGAAGGCAGAGCCAAGCUCUCUGACCUCCACAUCCAACUGGAGGGUGUUCAACGUCACCGCCCUGCUCCACUACUACUGGCUGCACCAGAGAGGCUCCGCACCUGUCCAGGAAGUGAGCAGGCCAUUAGAGAGAGAGGAGGAGGAGGGCCAGGAGAGGGUCCUGCACCCCACAGCUGACCGGGUCAUGGUGGUGGUCUUCUCCAAGCACCAGGCAGAGAAGCGGGCUCCCACCCUCAUCCACACCGCUGAGCACUCCAAGUACGUCACUCUGGACUGGGAGCGAGCUAGAGCUGGGGCCGACCCUCCUGUCAGCAUAGAGGUAGAGGGCGGAAAAGGAACAAGUCGCAGGAAAAGGCACGGGCACCACCAGAGAGCAGGAGUGGCUGGGGUGGCCCCUGGUGUGGCCCCCACGGAGGAGAGGAAGGACCCGUUGUGCAGGAAGGUGGACAUGUGGGUGGACUUUGACCAGAUUGGCUGGAACGAGUGGAUUGUUUACCCCAAGCGCUACAACGCCUACCGCUGUGAGGGCAGCUGCCCUACCCCAGUAGACGAGACCUUCACCCCCACCAACCAUGCUUACAUGCAGAGUCUGCUGAAACUUCACCACCCAGACAGGGUCCCAUGCCCGUUUUGUGUGCCCACCCGCCUGGCCCCUCUGUCCAUGCUGUACUACGAGAACAGCGAGGUGGAGACACGGCACUUUGAGGGCAUGGUGGUGGAGGAGUGUGGUUGCCAUUGA